AUGACCGAUGACUCCCUGAAAUACCCACCUGAUAUACAGAAAUUGUUCCAGCCCAAACCACCUCUUGUGUACAUCCCACCAACAGAUUAUCCACCUGAGGAACGCUCAACUUUACCAAUUGCCCCAAUAUCAAACUACAAAAACUAUAUAAAAGAUUAUUUGGACAAUGAACUACCUCAAAGAGAGUCACGCACCUUCAAACCUGAAGUGUCGGAACACAAGAAGAAGCUAUUAAAUGCUCAGAAUAAAAGGCAAAAACAGAAUGAGUCUUUCGAUCGACAAAUGCGAGAUUGGAAUGAUCCCGAAUUACUUGCUAAAAACGAGAAAGAAGUUAUGAAGGAUCCAUACAAAACAGUUUUCAUUGCGCGGUUGGACUAUAGUUUAACAGAACUUGACAUAUCCCAAUACUUUCGAAAAUUUGGUGUCAUUGACUCAAUACUAAUAAUACGUGAUCAUCAAGGAAAAAGCAGAGGAUAUGGCUUUAUUGUUUAUGAACGAGACGCCGAUGCACAAGCGUGUGUUUCAGAGCUAUCGCGUACUGGAGCGAAAUUAAAGGAAAGGACCAUUUUAAUCGAUAUCGAAAGAAGUAGAGUUUGGCGGAAUUGGAAACCAAGGCGAUUGGGCGGAGGAUUGGGUGGAAGGGGCUACUCAAAAGAAGGAAGAGUGGUGUCUGCUGCUGCAAGUGGAAGACGAUUACAUAUUGCUAAUAACUCAAUGCCGCAUUAUCCACCAAACAUCGUUCACAAGCAAAGUGUUCCUCCCCAUAAGGCACCUAUUUACACUCAUACAGAAACUCAGUCGUCACAAAAAUACCAGUCUAUUAGCCAGCCAAAACCAUACAAUUACACGCCGAGUCAGACAUCAUCUGGAAGGUCCAUUCGAAGCAUUAGGGGAGGGGAAUAA